AUGUCCGGAAGACGUCGUCGUGCGAACAUAGGUCGUAGUACAGUGAAUGCCAGGAGAGCACGUUCAGCAAGAAAUGAAGAAUCGUCAACGGAACGCGAGGCUCGCCUCAGCCAGCUCCGAGAUAGAAAUAGAACUGAGAGAGAAAGAGAAUCCUCAAUAGAGCGUGAGGCUCGCCGCAGCCAGGAUCGGGUUAGACGUAGAGUUCAGAGAGCCAGAGAAUCCUCUGUAGAGCAUGAGGCUCGCCUCAGCCAGAAUAGAAAUCGAAUACAGAGAACGAGAGAAUCAGCACAGACACAUAGUAACGCUGAACAAAACGGACAACCGAUCAGCCACAGAUGGGUAAAUAAAGAAUAUUCUGCCAUGAAUUACGAUCCUUUGAUUUGUUACAAGGAUGAUCGUAUUGUGUCCAUAGGUACUAUGUCAGUAGUGUGUAAAUAUUGUUUGGCACUGAAGUUCAAGGACGAAUCGAAGUUGUUUCAGUUAGAUGGCAAAAAAUUUUGUUUCACCAUCAUAGGAGAUAUCUGUCAUAACGAUUUCAACCAAAUGUCGACAGCAGAUGAUCUUCUUUUAUCAUUUAUGGAAUCAUGGAGUAGCAGAAAGGUAUUAGAAGACACUCUUCUCGUUGUAAUGGGUGACCAUGGAAGCAGGUUCUCGAAACUUCGUGAAACCUAUCAUGGCAAACUAGAGGAACGUUUGCCUCUUCUCUCUAUCUUCCUUCCGGAAAAACUCAAGCGACUCCGACCCGACGCUGUGGCGGCACUAAAUGAGAAUAUAGAAAGACUCACAACACCCUUCGAUUUACACACCACAGUAUUGGACGUCCUAGAUUUGAAAGACUUGAGCAAUAUGUACACAAUCCCUGGUUGUAAUUUACCGAGAGCUCUGAGUUUAUUAACACCGAUUCCUGCAUCACGUUCGUGCGCCGAUGCUGGCAUUGCUCAACAUUGGUGUACCUGCACGAAAUGGCAGUCUGUGGAUGCCUCCUCUCCUAUGUACAACCGCGUGGCAAAUGCUCUUGCCGAGUACAUUAACUCUCUCACUUCAGAAUUACGAUCGAAAUGCGAAAACAGACAAAUGACAUUUGUAAAAUCCGUUAUGCGACAAAAAGUUGAUGAUCAGGUAUUGAAAUAUGUGAACUAUAAGGAAGAAGAUGCAUUUUUUGGAAACCCUCAAAUGUCUGCUCCAAAAGCACCCAGCGAAUACUAUACGGCUACGCUUCUGCCCGCGGCUUCGCAAGCUUAUAAAUGUAAUGUAUCCCGGGAUAUUAAAAACAGCACAGCGAUUAUCGCCGUCUAG